AUGCACUGCUUCCAGAGUUAUCACCCGGCAGGUUGUCCACUACCUCGUCCCCGGGACAUCAAGGACGAGAACAUCCUCCUCAACCCCAUCACCCUCCAGACCAAGCUGAUAGACUUUGGUAAACUGUCCAAUGUGUACCUCCCUCCGGAGUACUACAGAGAGAAGAAAUACUCCGCUUUCCCUGCUGCCGUCUGGACUAUCUGCUGUUUGGUCCACUGCCUCAUCGCUGGAGACUGUCCUUUUAACGAUAAGACGGAGAUCAGAGACUAUGUUAGAUUACAGUGGCUGGAUGAUGGAGACGAUCUGGCUAAGGAGGUUAUUAACCAGUGCAUACAGAGUGAUGCAGACCAGAGGCUUAAUGUUGUUAGUUUUGUUGAAACAUCGGUGGUUUAA